AUGACGGGUCGCGACAGCCGACCCGUAUGCUGCACGUUGAACGUAGCUCGACAUGGUUGGCGACGCUCUGGCAUGCGUGCGCGAGCUCACGCUGUCUCGAGCAGAAGUGCGCUUUGGCUGGUGCUCCUCAUGGCCUUGCUUAGGCCAUGCAUAGAUCGCAGCAACCUGCUCUUCACGCCCCUGACGCCGAACUCCUUGACUGGCCGUGCCUCCAGUUCACUGAUCCGCGCAUUUGCAGGAGACCCUCGGCAGGAUCUGCUCCCAAGCUCACUGCGCAGCUCAGUGAAUGCCGAAGUCGCUGAAGAGGCCCACAAUGCCCACAAACAUGGUAGCAAUAAUCGGGAUCCCCAUCAUGGCGAGGAGCCCUGGAGCGCCACGCGGGUUGUGCUGUCCAGUGCACUGGUGGCCUUGCUUCUGUCUUUCUUUGCAUCAAUGUACAUGUCCUUUAGCUCUUCUGUGCAAGCCAAUGAGCAAGUCACCUACACAGACUGGUAUUCCAAAGUUGCCGACCGGAUCCGCAACUUGAUGGCAAAAAAACCGACGGCUGGCCCGCCAUCGGUGGCUGCGAGAAUCCGGAACAUGAGUAACCUCCUGGACGUCACUCAAGACGACAUCUACACCGAAUUCUGGGAAAGCUUGUCCUCAGAUGUCUUGAUAUUUCGGGCCUACACCCCGCUCUUAGAUUUCUACAUCAAGGCCACGUAUCCACAUCCCACUGCACCGCAGGAGCUACUCUGCAAAUCAUUGCGGUUUGAACUCGAGCGGUUCAACCAGGCCCUAAGUGAUUUUGAUGCGUGCGUGCAUGCUAGGAACAUCCGAGGGACGGAGAAAGCUUUCGCUGAGCUUUCUGUUGCUUAUGACCACUACUUGAAGGCGGCAGCCCUGUACGAAGGCUAUGAUCCCAUGACCAGCACCGAGGUACUCUACAAAGAUGUAACAGACUCGCAACUCGUGUACACACCUGUGGCAGUGCAGAAGCCAGCUAUUCGGGACGAAGUGCUGGUCAUUCGAGGUCCAGACAAAGGUAAGAUGGGCCGUGUGAUUUGGAUGUACGACGGGCUAACUGCCACGGUGAAACUCGAACCCAACCCGCUCCUGGGAGGCUCGCAAAUGAAGGGCAUACGGGAAGUUAAGUCGUUUCCGCAGUCCUGGAUCGCGCUGACCAGGACGAACGAGCAAAAUCGUGUUCUGGACCUGGUCCUCGCAGGCAUAGCCACAUUCUUCACCUGCUGCCUGACAUACCCUCUGGAGACGAUCAAGGCGAGGCUCCAGGCCGGCCAGCAGCCACUAGCGGGGAAGGAUAUUGCAACCAUCGUCCCAGACCUGUACAACGGCUUGCUGAGUACACUUGUGCGGGAGAUCCCAGCAAAGAGCUUGUACAUUUCUGGCUUUAAUAGCAUCACCCGCUUCUUCUGCCUGCUACCCUUUGUGGAUGCCAACAACCCCGACCUGAAGCUGCUGGUGAUGAUUCCUGCCGGGGCGCUGGCCUACUUCCCAGGAACAUUCCUGCGGGCUCCCUUUGAACUCUUGAGCCGGCAGAUGCAGACUGGCGUCUACAAGACAGAGGAGGCGGCUGUCGGCAAGUUGCUGGCAGAAACCGACACUCUGCACCAGAAGCUCUUCAGAAGCUGGAGCCUCGUAGUCUUGCGCGGUCUGCCCUUUGGGGCUCUGCAGUACUCACUGUAUGAUUUCCUGCACGAGAAUGUUGAGCUAGUCCCGUUUGGCAUACCGCUGAGCCUCCAGCCAGUGAUCUGGGGCGCCGCUUCGGGAGCCAUGACCGGGCUGCUAACUAAUCCACCCGACCUCAUCCUGUCUGUUCUCCUUGCCAAGGAACAGCCUGAGUCACAGGAGGCAGAGGAUGAGAAUAUUCUCGAGGCCUUUGCCCAAGCCGCCCAGUCCAUUUACGACUCGGAAGGUUUUGCUGGUUUCUUCCAAGGUGGAACGGCACGGGCGCUCCAAAUCGGAGCCGAGUCUUGUGUUUUCUUCACAAUCUUAGAGGCGCUCAAGGAUGGUGCAAAGCUCAUCCUCGACUUUUGA